UGGGCUAGGCUCACCCCGACCUUGGUACCGUCUCCCGCCGUGUGGCGGCGAGCUCGGGACUCGACUGAUAUGGUCUGGAGCGCGGGGGUUUUGACGGCCGUGGAAAGCGGCUGGAGCGGAGAGAGAUCCCGCUUCCUUAGCCUGGGAUUCUGAUGGCGACGGCGCUGGGUUUUCCACAUGCUGUUCUCUACUAGGAGGAUCCUAUCUUGAUCCGUCAUUUUAAAGGCCACAAAGAUGCAGUCACCUGUGUUGCCUUCAAUCCAACUACUAGAGGACUUGCUACCGCUUCUUUGGAUAGGUUUCUUAUGAUAUGGAAUUUAAAGCCCAAUUCCAAGGCCUUCAGAUUUGUGGGUCACUUGGAAGGUGUAACCAGUGUACAGUUUUCACCAGAUGGACACUUGCUGGCUUCUGCUUCUCAGGAUAGAACAGCCAGGCUGUGGAUUCCUUGUAUUCAUGGUGAAUCCACACCAUUAAAAGGCCAUACUGCUGCAGUCCGCAGCGUGAACUUCUCGUUUGACAGUCAGUUUCUAGCUACUGCAUCCAAUGACAAGUCAGUAAAAGUGUGGAGUGUUUACAGCCAACGCCUUUUGUUUACCUUAUCCCAGCAUACACACUGGGUGCGCUGUGCCAAAUACUCACCAGAUGGAAGAUUAAUAGUUUCUUGCAGUGAAGAUAAAACUGUUAAAAUCUGGGAUAUAAGAAACAAAACAUGCAUUGAUAAUAUAAUAGACCAUGAAGGAUUUGCAAACUAUGUGGACUUCAGUCCUGAUGGUACAUGUGUAGCUUGUGCAGGUUCCGAUCACACAGUGAAGAUCUGGGAUAUUAGAAUAAACAAAUUAUUGCAGCAACACAAAGUUCACAGAGCUGGUGUUAACUACACAUCUUUCCAUCCUUCUGGGAAUUAUCUCAUCACAGCUUCUAAUGAUGGUACCGUUAAGAUUAUGGAUCUUUUAGGAGGAAGACUCUUGUACACGCUUCAUGGACAUGAGGGGCCUGUCCUUUCGGUAGCCUUUUCAAAAAGUGGGGAAACAUUUGCCUCUGGUGGUAUGGAUGCACAGGUGUUGCUAUGGAAGACAAAUUUUGACAUAUUUGAAUAUAAGAAAGUUCUUAGAAAGCAUAUGCGAAGAAUAUGUGCUGAUGAGCCCCCUCACCUUCUUGAUAUUUACCCUCGAUCACCUCAUCGCCAUGAUGCAAAAUCACAAUCAGUUGAGAUAAAUCCCAGCUAUGAUGUCACCGAUAUGCAAACAUUUGACCCCCCUGUUGUAGAUAUAAGCCCUUCAUCUUCUGGGUCUCUGACAAAGUCAAGCCCACCUUUAGUCCAUCCUUCCAAAUACCAAGAAGGAAUGAACAUGCAGCAAGAUGGUAUGAACAAUAAAGACUUGCAGCAGCAUUCUGUUUUAUCCUCGCCAAGAACGUCAAGAAAAAAAAUGGAAGAUGAAAGUAAAUAUAUUGUGCACACCAUGGAUGAGCCUGUCAGCGUUUCACCAGUUCUGACUAAUGCCUUGGAGCACAUUGUGGAGCAACUAGAUGUUCUGACUCUUACUGUCUCAAUCUUGGAGCAACGCCUGACUUUGACUGAAGAUAAACUAAAAGAGUGCUUAGAGAACCAAGAGAAAAUGUUACUUUCUGUCAGACAUUGAAAACAAACAAUACCAGUGCUGGUGAACACAUUUUCAUACAUUCUCCAGAAGGCCAUAAGUGACAACCUGGGCAUGAACCAAACAAAAUGUGCCUCUUGUUUGUAAGAGAUUUUUCUAAAGAUCAUUGAUAAUAUUUUGAACAUGUAAUAUUUUUGUGCAUUUCUUAAAUAUAUAUAUAUUUGGUUUGGGGUUUUUUA